AUGAGAAUCAAGGUCCUUGCAGGUUUUGGCCUGUUGUGGUUCUCAGGAGCUGCUGCCCAGACUUCUGCAGACGAUCCUGAAUCUGUUCUUGGACCCAUCACUCCAGUUACUGGGGACAGCGGCAGAUACAUUGUCAAGUUCUCCGAAGUUGGUUCAGCCAAGUUCAGAAAACGUGACGGGCAGCCGGAUACUGAGGGCUUCUUCAACACCCUUGUGGAUUCUGGAAAGGACGCUUCUCCAGCUAUCAGUUUCAACUCCCAACUCUUCCAUGGCGCUUCAUUCGAUUUGAAGAAUGCAUCCAAUGGGACGUUUGAAGAGAUUCAGGCUUUGCCUGAAGUAGAGAAGAUCUGGCCCGCUGCGCUUUUUACCAUUCCCAUCACUGGCAAAGCUGUUGUGCAGUCGGAAAUUCCUACCUGGAACCCACACAACGACACCAACGUUGCUCUCGCGCACGCUAGAGGCCAUCUUGGCGAAGGUGUAACGAUUGCAAUCGUUGAUUCCGGAAUCGACUAUAACCAUCCUGCUCUUGGUGGUGGUUUUGGCCAAGGUUUCAAAGUCGAAAGUGGUUAUGAUUUUGUUGGUGAUAAUUAUGAACCGGGAGAUAUAUACAUCCCGGACGAGGAUCCGUCUGAUUGUAAUGGCCAUGGCACUCAUGUUGCUGGAAUCAUUGGUAGUAGCAAUGAGUUUUUGCCAGGGGUUGCUCCAUCUGCCAAGCUUCGCGCGUACAAGGUCUUUGGAUGCGGUGGCAGCACUUACGAAGAUGUGAUUGUUGCUGGCUUCCUUCGAGCACACGAAGAAGGCGCUGACAUCAUUAGCGCUUCCCUCGGGUCCAACCGAGGGUUUUCUGACACGCCUCUGGCAGAGGUUGCUACCUCUAUUCAGGCUGCCGGAACAUUUGUCUCUAUUGCGGCAGGAAACGCCGGUGAAACCAACGGUCCGUGGUAUACCAGCAGUGGCGGUAAUGGAAUAGGGAGCACUGCGGUUGGGAGUGUGGAACAUGACGAGUUGAUCGCCUUCACGACUAUAGCCCGAUCCAGCAGCGGUGACACUAGAGAAAUUGUCUAUCUGGCAGACAAUGGAGUUCAAUGGAAUAUCAAUGGAACAUUGCCUGCAUCAUGGACCUCUACUCCUAGGGAUCACAGCAUAUGUGACUCCGAGUCAGCCAUUCCGGAUACAAACGUCUUAAUCAUUCCUCGUGCGGACUGUGGUUGGCAGAGGACAGACAGCAACUGGAUGCGCAAGGUUGACUGGAUCUUUAUUUACAACUACCAUGGCUCAGAGUGGGAGAUUCCUGCUCGAGUGCGCUACAGCCCAGACGAACAAUCAAAAGGAUUUGCUCUAAUCACCUACGAGGACGGCGAUUGGCUUGUCAGCCAGCAUGAAAGUAACCACACUGUGACGUUUGACUUUGUGAACGACAGCAAACCUGCAGCCAUUGGUCGCCCUUCUUUCGCAGGGGGAAGAAUCGAUCAAUUCACGUCCUGGGGACCUACUCUUGAUGCCCGAAUGGUUCCCCAAAUCUCAGCACCAGGUGGUUCGAUCUUUUCAACUUUCCCUCUUGGUUCAGGAGGCUGGGCAACUCUUUCGGGAACUAGUAUGGCAACACCAUACAUUUCUGGUGUGGCUGCCCUGUUCUUUUCUUCCCACGGUGGUAAGGCUACGCUGGGUAACGGUGGGGCUAAGCUGGCCCAUGAGAAGAUUGUUGCGAGUGGAAAACCAAUCCAUCACUACGAUGACACUGAUAACUUGGCAUCUGUUGCCCACCAGGGAGCAGGCUUGGUUGACGCUUUCAAGGUCAUCGACUACACUACACUGGUUAGCCCAGCUGUUCUUAAUCUCAACGAUACAGACCAUUUCCAAAGUACCCAUGAUAUUAAGAUCACUAACUCCGGCAACGAAACUGUGACAUAUCAUUUUCAACAUGAGGCUGGCACUACCAUCUUCUCCAAGGGUUCUGGAGAUGCGUGGACUUCCAUAUCACCGCCUUACGCGACCGACGAAGGAAACGUUGCAACUGCCAAGUUCUCUGUAUCUGAAGUGGUCCUGGGUGCGGGAGAGAGUAACACGUUUUCCAUAACCUUUAGUGAGCCAUCCGCUUCCGACGCCGCCAAGCUACCAGUCUAUGGGGGAUCGAUCUUGGUUGUGGGAUCUCAUGGUGAAACUGUUCGGGUUACAUACAUGGGAGUAAAAGGAUCAAUAUAUGCUAGCGACAUCUGGGAAAUGCACCGCGGUGUCCCCAUGCUACUCAGUGGAUACGGCGGUCUUAUGGAGGAGGGUCACAACUACACUUUCGAAGCAGGCGGCGACGUUAUGCAACCUUACUUUAACGUACUGUGGUCCACACGAGAGAUUAGUUUUGAUUAUGUUGCCCGCGACUGGAAUGAGUCAGAUUGGGUUUAUCCGCCAGUGCCCGGACAGCACAAGUAUUUUGGUUCAUUCAUUACCGAGCCUGCAGGUCUCUCGGAUACGAUCACAAGUUUCCCUUUCAAGAACUACCCGCGGAAUGCCGGAGGUGUUUAUGCCAAGCCUCAGAAUAAGUUCGCCCACGGAGACGACAUCCCUGUUGGCGAAUACAAAAUUCUUUGUCGCGCUCUCCGCACUUUCGGCGACCCGAACAACUUGAAUGACUGGCAAUACAAGGUAUCCCCCUGGUUCCGAGUCACCAGAGAAAAGCCCCCCGUCACUGAGACGUCGACAACUACCACGGUUGGAACAAACCCCACCCCGACAUCAACGGUCAGCCUCCCAGAGCCAUGCGAUGCGACGGCAACUCCCAUCAGCAUUAAGGCGUCGCUCGCAUCCGGUGAUGGAUCCUACAACCUCUACCUCUACUCUGAUUUUGCCGCCAUCGACCUGACGAACACGAAAACUCCCCUUAACUUCACUCUUACGAACGACAAUCACGUCAAAGCUUGGUACGACUCGUCCUAUAAGUUCUUCUCAGUACACACCAAUGCCAAUAGCUUGAUCUACGUCUACUCGGAGGGUAGGGUCUCUGGAAGUUAUUCCUUCCUCGAAUGUGUUGUUGUAGAUGGUGCACUUCAGUGCGAAUCAAACGGAAAAAAGGCCCUGUAUGUUUGCGAUAACAACAGUGGUCUUCUUCGGCAUGGUGCAGAGCAGCUGGACGGCUGUCAGGCUGUCACAUUAAGUGUUGGCUCUAGAGCGAAUACUAACUGUGCUACUACCACAAUCCCUGCCAGCGCCACAGAGAUAACGGCUGUGCCCACUACUAUCAUAACAUCUGUAGUCGCCACUCCCACAUCCCAGGCGUCGACUUAG